UGUAUCGCUUUCUUAUAAGUGUUCAACGAUAGUACCCCUACAGAUCAUUCACAAAAAUGCAGUCCAAAUCUAUCAAGCUUACCUUUCCGUUUUCCAGAUUAUCCACAGAACUCGCUCUAGAAAUAAUCAGGUUUGCAGCAGCACCUGACUUAUCCUCGUCUAAUGCCGUCCGUCGACCCGAUAAUCCAUAUGCCAUUGCUCUCAGCCUUUGCCUCGUUUCUCGCGCGUUUCGUCACGCCGUAAUCCCAGAACUACUCCACACCGUCCUGCUUUCCCGCUCAUGCCAUGUAUCCUCGUUUGUCAAUGCUCUGCGUAUGCAGAAAGUGCAUCACUUGAAUGCACGCCAUCUCCACGUCGAUUACACAAGACAUGUUCGUAGGAUAUGGGUAGAUGAGUGCUGCGCACCACUAGUACCAUCCCUACACUCUCACGAGAAUAUGCCAUACGGUAGCAUGUUCCAUGAUGAACAGACAGAUUCGACAGAUACACUGGAUUAUACACUUCUUGCACCAGCCCUGCUCGCCGCCCCAGAACUUGCGAUAAACUUUUCAGGUAUCCACAUCCUCUAUUACGCCCUUGAGAGUGUCUGGUUCGCGCCUUCCCACAAACCAUCUUCACUACCCUGGCGUACCAAAAGCCUUACUCUCACGGGCGACUUCUGGCGCUGGCGGCCUCUCACAGGGACGGCAGAGGGUACAGCCUUCCUUGCAUCCCUUUCACGCAUCGUCCUCUUGAUACCAUCGAUCGUCGACAUGCCGACAUCAUUCCUACCCAAUGAACUUUUGAAAAUGAGCAGUUCAGAGGUCUGCAGAAUACCCCACUGGAUAUCUUCCGUUCCCUGGCAUGCCUUCGCGCAUCUCGAGCAGGUAGUCAUACCUCUCGAGCGUUGUGCCAGCGUCAGCGAGUACGAGAUGAAGCAUGGGCAUGUCGAUGUAAACCUGUUAGUGCUCACCCUCCCAUUGUCCUGCGAAGCAGGUUGGGUGCAACUCGUCCUCCAAAAUCCCAGCGUGGGAGACGCAUAUAGUAGAGUUGAACGCAUAUCCGUUGCACUGCACGCCACGAAGAACGGCUGUGAUUGUGGUCGGCUAUUCUGCCAAGAGUGCAGUAGCAGUCGAGUGGACGAGCAGAGUAGUGCUGGUAUCCUCCAGCUUGAACUCCAUUAUGAUUGGGAAGAGGUAUGGGCACGGACAUGGGGGCUGGUUGGAUGAAACAUUUCUGGGCCAGUGGAAAGAGUCGGAAUUUGUGGAGACGAGGUCAUAGGCCAGGCGCUUUAUAGACAUUGACCAUCAUUUAAUCUUGCGCGAUUACAAUAAUAGUAUCCUUGAGAUUGAUAUUCAAACAUACCCUUUGGCAGUUCUUGUAAAGCCUGGUGCAGCUUGUGGGGUUCGCCAGUGAAUAGUUUCAUGUUGUGUGAUUGUGCUUCUUCUGGGGUAUGACGUAUAUAGGGCCAAAAUACUAAAUUCAUUUCGAGGUGUACCCUG